ACCCAUUCGAAGAUUCAUCAUCAUCCACAUACCUAGCUAACAUGGCAACGACCAAAGUAAGCCUGAAGCUUAUCAUAGACAAGAAGGGCCGACGGGUGCUCUUUGCUGAAGCAGACAAAGAAUUUGUUGAUUUCCUUUAUAGCAUUUUCACUCUGCCGGUCGGAGCUGUCACGAGUCUUCUGAAAGAGGGAGGCGGCAUGGUAGGCAGCUUGCCAAGCCUUUACCAGAGCAUUGAAAAUCUGAGUGAUACUCGCAUAUUCCAACUGGACAAAAACAAACGCUUCCUGUUGGAAGCCAUGGUAUUCAUGCCUGGUGCUAAAGACCCUCUCCUAUUGCCAAACGUUGGGUCAACGACAACAUUCCGUCAAUUUUAUAGGUGUUGUGCGCUCUCCUACUCUAGUUGUAGCAAUUACGUGGCUGAUGACAAUAGCACAGUUUGUCCAAUGUGCAAGUCUAAGAUGAACUAUCUAGUAACAUUCCUAGAGCCAACAAGCGCAAUCGGGGAAUCCUCCACUAGUGAGGAAUAUUACGUGAAACGGACGGCUACAUACAUGGUGAUGGAUGAUAUGGAGGUGAAGCCCUUGUCCUCCACCACUCUUGCCCCUCUGCUUACCAAGUUUAAUGAUACAAAUGAUAUUGAGGAGAAAGUGGUCGAUGUGGGCAUGGAUGAGGGUGUGAAAUUGCUUCAAGCUUCUUUGCAAUCAAAGACUGUUUUGACUGACGUCUUCCUUCCGGCAGAGAUGAUCACUAAAACUGAUGAGGAGUCAAUUAUUAAUGAAUGAGAAGAUCGAUCAAGGGAUUGGUUGUUGCGAAGGAAUCACGAGAUUAUAGCAAUUAAGGCAAUGUUGAAAAUCAGUGUGGUGUAUUUCUAUCUAGGUGCAAGAGCUCGGAAGCACUAUAUAUAUAUAGUU